ACAUCUCGAAACACUGGACAAAAACACCAUCACAAGCCAACAAAUCUCAGCAUCUCCAAAAUAUAAAAAAUGGUGGCUGAAGGAGGAAGCAGCAGCAGUUCAUCUUAUCCCAUCAAAACAGUAGUCGUUUUGGUACAAGAAAACCGCUCAUUUGAUCACAUGCUCGGCUGGUUCAAAUCCCUCAAUCCAGAAAUCAAUGGCGUAACUGGAUCAGAAUCAAACCCAAUAUCCACAUCUGACUCAAACUCAACCCGUAUUUACUUUAAGGAUACAGCCAGCUACGUUGAACCGGAUCCAGGGCACUCUAUUCAAGCAAUUUACGAGCAAGUUUUCGGGAAACCAUGGAACACAACGGAUCCUGAUCCGAAUCCAAAAUCGGGUCCAACAAUGGAGGGGUUUGUUCAGAACGCAGAGAGUAUUUUGAAAGGGAUGGGAGAGACAGUGAUGAGUGGAUUUAAACCGGAAGCGUUGCCGGUUUUGAAAGAACUGGUGAGGGAGUUUGGAAUUUGUGACAGGUGGUUUGCGUCCAUACCGAGUUCAACUCAGUCCAACCGAUUGUAUCUUCACUCAGCUACUUCACAUGGAUCGACCAAGAAUGAUACGGAGAAGUUAAUUGAAGGGUAUCCUCAGAAAACUCUGUUUGAAUCUUUGGAAGAAAGUGGAUAUAGCUUUGGGAUUUACUUUCAGAUUUUUCCGACGACCCUUUUCUACAGGAACCUAAGAAAGUUGAAAUACGUGGAUAACUUCCAUGAAUUUGAUUUAAGCUUCAAGAGGCACUGCAAGGAAGGGAAGCUACCAAACUAUGUGGUGAUUGAGCCAAGGUAUUAUGACCUGUUAUCACUAGCUGCAAAUGAUGAUCACCCUACUCACGAUGUUUCUCAAGGCCAGAAAUUUAUCAAAGAAAUUUACGAAGCACUGAGAGCAAGCCCCCAGUGGAAUGAAACUUUAUUUCUAAUUACGUACGAUGAGCAUGGUGGACUUUAUGAUCAUGUUCCAACUCCAGUCACUGGAGUUCCAAGUCCUGAUGGUAUUGUUGGUCCUGAGCCUUAUUACUUUAAAUUUGAUCGCCUUGGGGUUAGGGUUCCCGCCGUCUUCAUUUCACCUUGGAUUGAGCCCGGAACAGUGUUACAUGGGCCUUCAGGGCCGUCUCCUACUUCAGAGUUUGAGCAUUCGUCCAUUUCUGCAACCGUGAAAAAGAUUUUCAAUCUUAAAGAUUUUCUCACUAAGCGUGAUGCUUGGGCGGGUACUUUUGAGAGUGUUAUCAAUAGAAACACCCCACGAAUAGACUGUCCAGUUACAUUGCCAGAACCGCAGAAAAUGCGAGAGACAGAUGCUCAAGAAGGUGCAGAACUUAAUGAUUUCCAGCAAGAUAUAGUGCUACUAGCAGCUGUGUUCAAAGGGGAUCUUGCAAAAGAUAAUUUCUUUCCUGAUAAAAUAUUGGAGAAUAUGACUGUUGGAGGGGGGCAUAAGUACGUUGAAGAUGCAUUCAAAAAAUUCAGUGAUGACUGCAAGAUAGCCAGGGAAAAUGGAACAGAUGAAUCUGAGAUUGUUGUUUUACCAAAACCAAAACAACUUGUGAAUACCACCUCUAAAUCAUUUCUUCAGAAGGUAUUUUCUUGUUUAGUAUGUGCUAAUUGACUGUACUGUACUGUACUUAUGGCUGCUAUAUGUAUGACCAUUUAUUUAUUCCAUCAUAAAUUGCAAUAUUUUACAUUCCUUGUGAUUAAUUUGAAUAA